CCUCCACGAUGAUACGAUCCUACCCUACCUCGUAUUUACGGACUGUUAGGACUAGACCCAAUCAUGGGUAAUUCAGGACACUGACCUAGGUAACGCAGUACGGAGUGGGUAUACUAUCAUUAUUAUAGUAAGAGUAUCAGUAGGUACGAGGUAUUGUUGAAUGAGAUCAACUCUGAUCUGCACUAAUUACCUAGUUACCCGCACUGCACUUGUCGUCCUGUACUGUAGUAACACCAGCCACCGCACGGAACGCCUACGGAGUGGUAGGUAGUUACUCGUACCUUGUGUGCUUACCCUCAUCCAAUUUACUCGUGCUCUCUCUUCACUUUUCAUCAAUCACUGACGACGGAAAACGAGGGUUCAACCAUCACUCGCUCUCAUCUUUAGUCUUCUUCCUCCGAAACUUUGCAUCCAUCGUCUCUGCAAGUAUUCGACCACGAAGAAAGAAUGCCUGCCCGCAGCUCACCCGCCCUGCGGCACAUACUCCGCACGACAGCCAGCACGACAGCGCCGCUACGUCAAAUUCCCCAAGUCACGACGCGAACUUUCCACAAUGUGCCCAGCUACACGCAGUCCCAAUCCCAAUCCCAAUCCCCAUCACAUCUAGCCCAAUCGCGGUCCCGCUCCCCAAGUCCCCCACCGUCCUACAUCGCAUUUCCCAAAUCUCUCCCGGCCACACUGGCCCCGAGGCCCUCCACCCUUUACUGGACACGGUUCUCCACACCAUACCGUCUGAGCUCGAUCCGCACGUUCUCCUCGACGCCGGCUACAUCCUUCCCAAAUUCGUCACCGUCGACAUCGCCGUCAUCCCCCGAGGCGGCGCAGGCGAUUGAGGCGGCGAUUGUGGAGAUCCAGGAGCUGUACGGCACGGCGCGCGACGAGUUCGAGAUUGCGGCCGAGGAGACCGAAAAGAACACGACGUAUGCGGCUGGGGAUAGAGAGGCAGCGAGGGAGGAGUUGGACAGGCUGUUGGGGUUCUAUGAGGGUGUCGUAGAGGGGCAGGAUGUGGCUGUUGCUGAAGAGGUGAAAAGGAGGGUCGGACAGAGGAUCAGGGAGUUGGAGCAGGCGGUCAUUGCGCUGGAGGAGAGCGUAACACAUGGCGAUUAAGUAGGUACCUAGAUGGGAGAAAACAUCACGAAUCUACAAAGACUAGUUCUCGUUGUAAGACUAUUUGUUCGUAUGCGUAGAGAUAGACAUACAAUCCUCUCACCAGGGCUCGGGAAAAUCUCGAAACGCUCAA